CAUCGUCAGCAAAUAUAUACCGUCCCGCCGCCAGUUCUCCUCGAUCCCCCGUCCUCAUCCCGAACCCCGCUCCUCUCGCCAUGGCGGACCGUAAGAAGAGGGACCGAUAUGCGGGCGCAGCGUACGAGUUUGGAGCCAACUCAGCACUGAAUGCUGGAAUCGGCGGAGCUCCCCUAGCCCAAGGCGCUGCUCCUGGCUACGGAGCGCCUGCACCGAGCUAUGGGGCCCCAGUGCCUGCGUAUGGCGCUCCAGCACCAGGAUAUGGAGCACCAGCGCCAGGGUAUGGAGCACCAGCACCCAGCUAUGGACAACCUGCUGCCCAGGACCCCAACGCGCUCAGCCAGCAGUUCGGGCAGAUGAACAUGGGAGCACAACAAGGGCAGGUGGCGCCACAGGUGCAGCAACCUGCCGCCGUGGCACAGCAGAACCAAUUGUUCCCCUCGGACCUCAUCGCCCAGCCCUUCCACGUCUCGGAGCUCUACAACCCUCCACCGCCCAUUCAUCUGCCUGCAAACGCCGCUGCCACACCCUCCGAGUUCGCAAACGAGUCGAGCAAAUACCUGCGCUGUACCCUGAACACGAUCCCUACCAACCACUCACUGCUGAAGAAGAGCAAGCUGCCCUUUGCCCUGGUCAUCAGCCCCUACGCGAGCUUACACGACUCGGAGGACCCAAUCCCAGUCGUCCACGAUCAGGUCAUCAGCCGUUGUCGGCGAUGCCGCGCCUACAUCAACCCCUUCGUCUCAUUCCUCGAUCAUGGGCACAGGUGGAGGUGCAACAUGUGCAGUCUGACAAAUGACGUGCCCCAGGCAUUCGAUUGGGAUGCGACGCAACAGAAGAGUGUGGAUCGUUGGCAACGGCCAGAACUGAAUUACGCUGUCACGGAGUUUGUGGCGCCACAAGAGUACAUGGUCCGACCUCCGCAGCCGCUCUGCUAUUACCUGAUCAUCGACUGCACACAAGCUUCAGUCAACUGCGGUCUUGUUGCAGUUGCUGCGCGAGUCAUAAAGGAGGCACUCGACCGGAUACCCAAUGCAGACGGUCGCACGCGCAUCGGAUUUAUGGCUGUAGACUCGGGUCUACACUUCUUCUCUAUCCCACCGGACGGCAGCGAGAGCAGCGAACCCCAGCAAAUGGUCGUAUCAGAUCUAGAUGAGCCUUAUCUACCGAUGCCCUCAGACCUACUCGUCAGCUUGAGUGAAUGCCGCAACAACAUCGACGUCUUCCUUGAUCGUCUUCCAGCUAUGUUCCAAAACACACACGUUCCUGGGUUUGCUCUUGGGUCUGCUCUCCGAUCAGCACACAAGCUGAUCUCGCCGCUUGGUGGAAAACUGACUGUGCUCGCUGCGUCACUUCCUAAUGUCGGGCACGCUGCUCUUAGCCCGAGAGAGGACAAAUCGUUAUUGGGCACUAGCAAGGAGGCCAGCCUGUUACAACCCGCGAACAACUGGUACAAAUCGUUUGCGGUGGAAUGCUCCAAGAACCAAGUCUCUGUUGAUAUGUUCUUGUUUUCUUCCCAAUACCAGGACGUAGCAACACUCAGCAACCUCCCAAGAUUCACUGCAGGCCAGACGUACUUCUACCCUGGAUGGAAUUCCCAGAGACAAGAGGAUGUUGUUAAGCUUGCGACGGAGCUGUCGGAUUACCUGUCGGCGGAAAUUGGGUUGGAGGCUGUGCUUCGAGUGCGCGCCACGACUGGGUUGAGGAUGUCCGCAUUCUACGGAAACUUCUUCAAUCGCUCCUCCGAUCUGUGCGCAUUCCCUGCUUACCCUAGAGAUCAAGCCGUUGUCAUCGAAGUCGCUAUCGAUGAGACCAUAAGCAAGCCUUUUGCCUGUCUCCAGGCUGCCGUACUACACACUACUUCAGGUGGGCAACGCCGUAUCAGAGUUUUGACACUUGCUGUACCCACUACGGAAAGCCUGGCUUCGGUCUACGCUUCAGCGGAUGCACAGGCCAUCACUACCUAUUUUGCGCACAAGGCUGUUGAACGUGCAUUGUCGAGCGGGUUGGACGCUGCACGAGACGCCCUGCAAGGGAAGGUCAUUGAAAUUCUGUCAACAUACAGAAAGGAGCUGGCGGGCGGCAGCAUGGGAGGUGGCGGUCUCCAGCUGCCUCAAAACCUGCGCUCUCUUCCAAUCCUGUUCUUGGGUCUCAUCAAGAACGUUGGUCUCAGGAAAAGCGCUCAGAUACCUUCCGACCUUCGAUCGGCUGCUCUGGAUCUUCUCUCUACGCUGCCGAUGCGAUUGCUGGUUCAGUACAUCUACCCCAGCUUCUACAGCCUUCACGAUAUGCCCGACGAUGCCGGUGUACCUGACAGCGUCACCGGUCAGGUCAUGAUGCCUUCACCCCUAAACCUGAUGUCUCAAUCCAUUGUACCGUACGGGUUGUACCUUUUGGAUGAUGGUGUCAACCAGUUCUUGUGGAUUGGUCGCGAUGCUGUACCAGCACUUCUCAAUGACGUCUUUGGUGUAGAAGAUCGUUCGCAACUCAAACAGGGCAAGGCCUCUUUGCCAAUUCUGGACAACGAGUACUCUGAGAGAGUGCGAGCUGUCGUCGAAAAGUCGAGAGACCACAAGUCCAAGGGUGUUGGAAGCAUUACACUGCCAACACUUUACAUCAUCAAGGAGGACGGCGACCCAAGUCUCAAGCUCUGGGCACAAACGCUACUUGUCGAGGACCGAGCGGACCAGGGCGAGAGCAUCGUGCAAUGGAUAAGCAAGCUCAGGGAGAAGGUUGUGCAGUAAAUCUUAGAACAGCAGCGAGGCGUCAUUAUAGUUUUGCGGCAGGUCUAGUCACGCACGAGUCGACCUUUUGGGGGCAGGCAGGGUACGAGUAAGAAAUCAGCAACUUUUGGGACCAGGGCGAUUUGAA